CCUUUGCGUCCAGAACGGCGUCCCGGCGCUUCCGGGUCGGUGUCUUUGCCGUCCCGGUCAUGCCGAUGAGGGUUCGCCGGUCACAGCGCGGGGCCAUUGGCCUGUGGCCCUGUUCACCUACGUUUGUCAGCUGAUUUCUAGAGAGGAAACGGACACGCUGAAAUUGUCCCUUUCUCAUAACUAUGGCAAGCCCAUGACACGGACUUCUCAGUUGACAGUCCUCUGUAGAGAGGCCAUGAGAAGACUCAAUUCACAACCAGUCGGAAUCUGCAAGUUCCAGAUGAAAACAAGCAGCCAUUAACGUCCCCGUCUCUGCCUGCCCUAAGGACACUGAGCGCACGCGCUGGGAUCCGCGCAAAGGCGUCUGGGAGUGCCUCCUGGACUGCGGCUUUCUCCGUGCAUUGUGGGAGACGUAGUCCAUCAUGCCUUCCCUUCUUUGUGGGUACACAGGAAAAAGUGAAGUCCUUAAACUGCGAUUCCCAAGGCGCAUGGGGCUUCCCAGGGUGCUUUGCGAAAGCAUGGCGGGCAAGAUGUGAAUGUCAAUAGUAAGGUAAAUAGGGCGUUUUAAUUCCAGAGAGAAAAAAAAAAUAUAAAGGCGUGCGUAACCUCUCGGAGAUUUUUCAUCUUGAUAUCCGCCUAACACACUGCGGAAUGUGAAUGACUGGAUUUUAUGACUCGUUCACUUGAGUGUGUGAAUUACUAAGCUUUAGAAGUUGCAGUCCCGAAGCCCCGCGGUUUUUGUGAACAUGCUUUGUGCUUUUCUACGAGUUGUGCAGCAUAUGGAGAAGCUGCCCGGGUGUUUGGGCGGGCAGUUGCUGCCACACUUUGUGCACACCAAAGCUUGCUUGAAGACUCAGCCUUUGAGAUGGGGGCUGCUCGAGCAGAAGAAAACGGUGCAUCCUAGAACCGUGCUUGGAUUCACCCGGAAAACCUUCUGGACCCAAGGACCAGACCCCCAGAAAGCGAAAGAGGACAGCAGCAAGCAAGUGUCUGUUCACGGAAAUCAGAGAGGAGAAACCGGCCUCUCAGUGUCUCAGAAAGUGAAAGAAGCCGGAAGAGACUUCAGCUACUUGAUAGUGGUGUUCUUCGGCGUCAGCAUUACAGGUGGCUUGUUAUAUACAGUUUUCAAAGAACUGUUUUCUUCAUCCAGUCCUAAUAUCAUCUAUGGGAAAGCCUUAGGAAAAUGCAGAGCACAUCCUGAGGUGAUCAGCGUGUUUGGUGAGCCUCUGAAAGGCUACGGGGAAAUGUCAGGACGUGGGCGGAGACAGCACGUCAGUUUUGUUGAAUAUGUAAAAAAUGGGCUAAAGCGCAUCCGUGUGAAAUUCUACAUUGAGGGAUCUGAACCAGGGAGGCAAGGAACUGUGCAUGCAGAAGUGGAAGAGAACCCACAGAGUGGCCAAUUUGAAUUUCGAUACGUAUAUGUGAACGUGACUCCCAUGAGGUCUAUUAUCAUUGAAGAUAACCGUUCCCAAGAGAGUUAGAAGAAUGAAGCCAACCCGCUGCCUUCUGCAAGGAUAAAGGGGUUCAUCACACUGUGCUGUUCUUCACAACUCUCAGAAUCUGUUCAGAAAAAUAAGAAUAAAAAGUAUGUCACACAGAGAGUGAGAGUUCAUGAGUUUGGACAAACCAAGCUCAGAUUUUUCUUGUGAAAAUCGUGAAAUGUAGCAAAUUUUACAGUAUCAUAUCAAAUUGCCAAUCAUGACAGUAUUUCAGCUCUAUGUUCAUGAGAAAAUUUUGUUACUGAAAUUUAUACACCACAUCAAUAAAAGUGCCAGUAUUUUA